CAUAAAACAUCAUGUGCCUCGUCUGAUGGCGGCGCGCGCUGCCAACGCGUCAGGCAAUGGGAAUCGAUGCGCCGCGCGCAUUGCGACAGCUUAGGGCUGAGGAGCUACGGCAGCUCUGCAAAGAGCAGGGGCUCAACUCGCAGGGCCGCAAGGGGGACCUCAUUCAGCGCCUGGCGGACUUUCGGGCAGGCCACGAGGGCGAUGAGCCGCAGAGGUCGCCGCCGAAGCCAGUGGCGACUCCUGGCAGAGGGCGGGGUAGAGGCCGCGGGCGAGCGACUGUGAAAACCUCACCUUCGCUUACCAAAGGCCUUCCGGCGGCGCCGAGCUUGCUGCGGCGGCCCAACCUGCUGGGAGGCGGGGGUGUCAGCCUUUGGGCAGCCUCCCGGCAGCAGCUUAUGCGCUGCUGCCGCUGCCAGGCGCUCGCGGAUCUGGGGCAUGCGAGGUACUCGGGGAGCCCGGACGCCUUCUGGUGCCCGAUUUGCCGCUUUAAGGUAAUGGAUCCGUUUAAUGCCGUGGUGGACGGCAAUGGGGUGCUCAAGCAUUUGCUGGUCAUGGAGCCGCACUUUGACUUCACCCUGGAGCUGCCGGAUCUUCGUCUCUGGCGGCGGCAGGGCCUGGGCUUGGAGGUGCGGAUGCUGAAGGUGGACAGCUGCAAGGUGGAGCAGGUGUGGCCUCGGCAGAUUCACUUCUUUGCGAACGGAGCCGAGGUCUUUGCAGUGCAUCCUCCGGAGGAAGGUCACAAGCGCCGUGACGUUCCCAUGAACAUUUCCGCGGGACUGAAGGCGGGGCUGAAUGACAUCAAGGUCCGAAUGGUGGACGACGACUGCGUAGGCUUUGCCAUGGUGGUGCUGCUUACUAGCAGCCAACCUGCAGAGGCCCUGAUGGCGCAGGUGCCGCGCAGCGAGGCGCCGCUGGCGCGGCGCAGGGUCUGUGAGCUGCUGGCGAGGCAGGCGGCCAACACGCGAGCCGGAGAUGCCGGGGAGGAGGAACUUGUGUGCCUCAGCUCAGACACUUUGAAGCUGCAGUGCCCCAUCACCAUGGAGCGCGUCCAGGAUCCGGUGCGAGGGGAGCGGUGUCAGCACACGCAGUGCUUCAGCCUGGAGGCAUACGUGAUGAGCAAUCGCCAGAUGGGCGCCUUCAACCGACGCUGGCUGUGUCCACUGUGCAGCCUCAUCCUUCGGCCGCCGGACCUGCGAAGGGACAGCUACGUGGCGAAGAUCCUGGACUCCACGCCAGAAUCAGUGGAUGAGGUGAUUGUGGCUGCAGAUGGGUCCUGGAGGCCGCGCGAUGGGCUGGCAUCCCAGGGCAGCGAAGGCGUAGCGCUCGCCUCGCUGGUGGAUGCGGUGGAUGCGGUGGAUGCGGUGGAGGCGGUGGAGGCGGUGGAGGCGGUGGAGGCGGUGGAGGCGGUGGAGGCGGUGGAUGCGGUGGAGACGGUGGAUGCGGUGGAGGAGCCGUGUGAGCCGGUGGAUCUGGACCCCACGCCCAAGACCCCCACCACGCCCAGGCAAAGUGAGCCAGGCGCAGGCGCAGGCGCAGGCGCAGGCGCAGGCGCAGUUGUGUCCCUGGAAACCGGCAGCACGGCCGGCCCUGAGUCUUGUACCGGAAGCGAAGCCAACGGCAGGGGUCGGCGAAUUCGCCUCUCGAAUUCCUCACCUGCCGCGCCGGCCACGGGAACCGGAAUUGCUCCAGAAGGCUACGGCCUUGCGGUGGCAGUGUCAAUGGUGGGAGGCCUCACCUCGGUGUCCUCCGCUGCCCGGCAGCGGCGCCUCGCGCAGCUGGAGCUUCAGGACGACGACUCAUCCCCCAGCACCAAGAAGGCUGCGAAGCGCCGCCUCGAUGGCCCGUCAAAGCGAGCGCGCAAGGAGACUGAGGUGCAGGCGUCGCUGGUGCCGGUCACUGCGCUGGGAUCGCAAGCAGAUAGACUUGGACUGACGCCACCGGCUAGCCCAUGGGGAGCGGGCUGCCACGGCAAAAAUCAGUCCAGAGCAACAGAGGAUGCUGCUAGAAUGUGAAAGUGCUGCCUAAGGCUCGCGGGAAGCAAGCCAAGUCUGAAGUGUUGGC